UCUUCUGAGCGAGCUAGUUGAAAAUACAAUGAGACCAUUAUUAGUAAUUAUAAGGUAGCAGGCGUGCUGGAGGGGGGAGCGGCCCGCAGUAACGACGUCUGACUUGAACGUGCAGCUUUUCUAAGCUCUGCACAGAUGCCAAGAAACUGGAGAGCUUGGGAAAGGAGCUAACGGCAAACUACCUUUUGGGACUGCUCAAGGCUCUGGUUCCCACUGGGGAAGCCUGCAUCCCGGUGCUGAUUUACUCCUCUCCCUGCAGACAGCUCCAGGCUGAGCCCAUCACGUGCCUCCAGGCAGUCCAAGGUCCAGCCAGGGCCAAGACUGUGAAGGCGAGUGCAAAAUGAAGAGCCUGUUUUUCCUCCUCCUUUUUCUGCAGCUGCUUGCUGCUGCCGUUGCUGUGUACAAACAGUGGCUUCCAAACACCAACUUCGAAACCGCUUCCAACUGGGAUAAAGACAGAGUCCCGUGUGCCAGUGAUGUGAUUCAUUUUGAGAGGGAAAAGAGGGUUGUUCUGGUGAGGCUCAACGGGAAAGAAAACGGUUCUCGUGAGCUGCCGGUGGCUCUGCUGCGGGCACGGCAGCGGGUGCGCGCUGCCCGCGCGGCGCAGGCGCAGGGCAGGCGUUACAAGCGCGUGCGCCUGCACGGACGGGCUGCCGCUGGCUGUUUUCGCUGCCCCCCGCUUGACUUCGAGCAGAGCCGGCGGCAGCGUUCAGUCGGCUUCUCCGCCUUCGGCACGGAGCUGUGGAUGCUGGCACGGGGGAGGCCUUCCUCAGAAGCUCCUGCAGAGUACCUUCCACUGAAUGGAGAACUCAUCCUGGCAUCUGGUGCAGGAUUUGCAGCUUUUGACAGCAGCUGGGAUCCAGGAUGUGACUCAGGCUCGGCCGCCAGGUUCAGGGACGCCGACGGGUUCGCGUGGUUCGACCCCGCGCUGUGGCAGACCACCUCCUCGCUGGGGGAGCUGCAGCAGGGCGCACGCAUCUUCGCUGUGGAUGAGGAGCGCGUCCCGUGCCAGUACGAUGAUGUUAUCUUUCAGCCCGAAACCUCCUUCCGGGUAAACGUCGACUCAUCGCGAGGCAUGAUUCAUCUCCGGAGCAUCUCUCUCAUGGGUCAGGUAACGUGGGGCGGAGCCAUUGUUUGCCUGGAGUUCACUCCCGACUUCGACCUGCAGAAAUAUCAGGACAGGCUCGUCCAAGCCUUCCUGAGCCUGCCCAAAUACGCUGGAGUUCAGAUGGCUAUAUCCAAGGUACACAAACCACAGACCUUCCUGGGAAUCACACUGCGAAGCUCCACUCCUGUCAUCCAGAUAGUGCUCAUCGAUGACCGAAAUGGGUCGCAGACAGGCACCGCUGCUGAGCAGCUGGCUGCAGACAUCAUGGGCGACAUCGCACAGCAUGGUGAAGCUCUUGGCAUAUCCAGAGGCAAAAUGGAGGUGGCCAGCGGCAGCAUUUUCAGUGGGCAAGCAGGAAUCAGCACAUCGAGCAAGAUCUUAACAGGGACAGUUUUGGGUCUGCUCUUCAGUCUCCUGUUGCUCGGAGCGGCCCUCUUUCUCUACAGGAAGGGAACACCAAGGCUGUGGGCCGUGCGUCUGCCCCGGCCGUGGGGCGGAGCGCAGGGCCCGGCGUCCCCGGAGCCGGCGACCGACAAAGGGUUCGACAACCCCAUGUUCGACGUGCCCCUGGACACCGCGGCUAGAUUCAGCAUCAACGCAACGUUCAUGGUCACAAUGUGA